AUGUCCUCCAACAAGGUCCUUGUCGUCGCUCAAUAUGGCCACCCCAAGCUUCCCGGAAGCAAGCACUGGGCUCUCCUCAUCAUGAACAUCAACGAUAAAAUGACUCCCGGUACUGCCUACGAGAUUACUGGCUCUACCACCACCUACACCCUGAAGACCCCCGAGGUCGUCACACCUGGCAAGGCUAGCUCUUUCAUGGGAAUGAUUCCUGUGGGAACGAUCCCCGAGAUCCAACUCAAAUACGCCGACACAAUCCUCCGCAAUACUGCAGUUAGGACUGGAGACAAGACUUGGCACUGUCAACACUGGGUCAUGGAUGCUCUUGACAACUUGAAGCGCGCUGGACUCCCGAUCUCGACUGUCACCCAUGAGAGCCUUCUCGCCCAGUUUGGGGCUAUGAUGUAG